GCUGCUACCGAUGGUUUUGCCCCUGUUCAGUUCCUCAUUCGGGUGUCAUUUGUGUUAUUCUAAAAACAUAGCAGCCCUGGCAAGUAGCUGAAAAUUAUUAUUAAACAAUAAAUCCCAUAAACUCACACAGUGCGAGAUAAAGUGUACGUGUAAAAUCAUUCGGCCCUAAAAACAUACGAGGCAGCAGCAGAAUCUAAUCAUCAUGAGCGAUGAUACGUACCAGAUAGAGACGCGCCGGCGUUCGCGUUCCAAGACCCCAUUCCUACGUUCCAGCUGCGAUCAUGAGAAUUGCGAGCACGCCGGCGAGGAGGGGCAUGUGCAUCAUCAGAAGAAGAAGUCCGCACAGGCACCCAAUGUGCAAACAAUCAUCGAGGAAAGCAGCGUCGUGGUGGAGUCUAGCAUCGGCAAGAAGAAACGCAGCAAAGCAUUUGCCCAAAUGACCUCGGACUUUUCGGUCGAUGACAUUCAACCGGAGACGAAGCGUAAACAAAGUUCGACCACCACCACAACGGUCACAUCAACGGUUAGCAGCAUGAGAAUGGGCGGCGCCACAUCAACGCCACACAACAAGGUGCAGCUGGAGACGAAACAAAAUGUGCUGAACACCGCCCAGGAGCAGCUAAACAACAGCAAGCGAUCGAAUGGCCUCAACAGAUCGGGAAAUCCCAACGAUUACUUGGCCUACAUUGAGUACAAGAAUGCGGGAGAGUACUGGAACAAUACACCCAAAACGGAUUACACAUACUCAGAGCUGUCGCCACAUCGCCGCCACUUGGCGCCCGGUGUUGUGGCCAUGCCCAAUAUGUCGCGUCGCAGCCUGGGCAAUCAUGAUGAACGCGUCAACUUUAUGAUCCAGCAGAAUCCCGACCAGGAGGAGCUCAUACGCAGGCGCUACCAAUCGAGAACCACGCAGCAGUACGUCAACUACGACUCCGGCGACGAACUGGACGCCACAAUGUUUGGACAGCAAAAGAAGCAGAGCUUCUGGCUGGUGCGUCUCAUUCAGGUUGUGCUGAGCACCGUCACCACCAUGUGGACACGCGUGACGAACAUUUCGGCCACCGAGACGAGCGCAUAUCAAACGUACUACGCCAGGCAGCAGAGGCAACAGGAACGCAGUCUCCUGGGACGCUGCGUACAUGCCAUCGGGGACAGUUUGUCGCGCGUGUUGCGCUACGUUUAUUUGUUCAUUGGCUCUGUGCUGAGUGUGGACACGUGGCUGCUGAGAUCUACGAAUGCGGAGAACAAGUCCAAGAAGCGUUUUCUGCUGCUGCUGUUGAUCUUGCUGCCGCUGCUGCUGCUGACGGCCUGGUCGCUGUUGCAGGGGGAACAGCAGCUGGGCUACGUGCAACGUGUUCAGGCGCUGCUGCCACUGCCUCUAACGCUGCUGGCCACUUGGCGUGGGCAGCUGUCGAGCGCCACAGCCACGCUGAAGUCUGUGCUGCAGCUGCCUGUAGCUGCAGAUGAGCCCGCUGCCAUCAAGUCCAACCUGGCGGGCAUUGAACAGAGCAUCAAGAGCGCCCUGACCGCCGAGGAGUACGAGAAUAUUUUGAAUCACAUCAACAGCUAUGUGCAGCAGCUGGUGGAGCUGAAACUGCAGCAACAGGGGCAGAUCCAUGCGCAGCGGGAGCAGCAAUUGUCUCCUCAACAAGUGCAGUUUAUUGUGCAGCUAAUGAAAGAGAACCUAAAGGAAUUCUCUGCCAAAGCAACGCUCAGCGAGCAGGAGCUGAGUGACUUAGCCUCCAAGCUGAAACUACAACUGCAAAGCUCUGGCGACUGGCAGACCGAGGCGCGGCUAUCCACAGCUAACCUGGAAGAGAUCACGCGACUGAUCAAGACUGAGGUAAACCAUCACGAAUCCCACUAUACGCUGCUGUUGGAGCGAAUCGAUUUGGGCGCUUUGCUGGAACGCAUUUUGGGCGCACCCAAGGUGAGGGAAUUCGUUGAUGAACGCAUCAGUUUGGCCCUACAGCAGCAGGAACAACUCAAGGAAGGCUCCGGCGCGCAGCCCACUGAGCACCAAAUCGAACAGCUGAACAAGGAAAUUGCCUUCAUCAAGCUGGCGCUGUCCGACAACCACGCGGUGAACGUGAAUCUCCAGCAAUCACUCAGCAGUUUGCAGCUCGGCCAGGAGGAUCUGUUGGUGCGCAUGCAGCAGCAUGAACUGGCCAACGAUCAGCGUUUCAGUGGCCUGCUGGCUGAGAUUGAGUCCAAGUUGGCAGCGUUGAAUGACUCGCAGUUUGCGUUGCUCAACAAACAGAUAAAACUUUCACUUGUGGAGAUUCUGGGCUUCAAGCAGUCGUCGACUGGUGACAAGGAGCUGCAGCUGGACGACAACGAGCUGCAGCACUGGGUGCGCAGUGUCUUCGUGGCAAAGGACUAUCUGGAGCAGCAGCUACUCCAGCUGAAUGAGCGCACAAAUAACAACAUUCGCGACGAGAUUGAACGCUCCAGCAGCGUGCUAAUGAGCGACAUAAGUGAGCGGCUGAAGCGGGAGAUUCUGCUGGCCGUCGAGGCCAAACACAAUGCGAGCAGCAUAGAGCUGAAGGCGGAAGUCGGUGAAGAGGCUGUGCGGCAGAUAGUCAAGUCCGUGCUGGCUACGUACGAUGCCGACAAGACGGGCCUUGUGGACUUUGCGCUGGAGUCGGCAGGUGGCCAAAUACUCUCCACACGCUGCACUGAAAGUUAUCAAACAAAAACCGCACAAAUAUCGGUAUUUGGCAUCCCACUGUGGUAUCCCACGAACACCCCACGCGUUGCCAUCUCCCCCAAUGUGCAGCCGGGCGAGUGCUGGGCCUUUCAGGGCUUUCCCGGCUUUCUAGUUUUGAAGCUCAACUCUUUGGUUUAUGUCACUGGCUUCACGCUGGAGCACAUACCCAAGAGCCUGUCCCCCACGGGACGCAUUGACUCGGCGCCGCGCAACUUUACGGUUUGGGGCCUGGAGCACGAGAAGGACCAGGAGCCCGUGCUGUUUGGGGAGUACGAGUAUCUGGAUAAUGGCGCCUCACUGCAGUACUUUGCGCUGCAGAAUGUGGACAUACAGCGGCCCUACGAGAUUGUUGAGCUGCGCAUUGAGACAAAUCAUGGGCAGCCGACGUACACGUGCCUGUACAGGUUUCGAGUGCAUGGCAAGCCGUCAGCGACUUAAGUUGAAGUCCAACCCAACGCAAUUGAAAUUUUCCACAGUCCAGGCUCCCCAAGCACCCAGUUUCCCAACCUCUACCCAGUCCCAACUCCCCACUCUCCCAAUUUCGCAACCUCUUUCCAGUCCAGACUCCCACCACUCUAGUGACCUAAGUUCAGUCAGUUGUACAUAAUGUCGUGUGCCUUAAGAAGGAGCAACAACAAACUCUACACCAUAUAUCGCCGCGAGGGCGUGGAGCAACCCUCUUUACUUAUGCUAUAUGUUAGGCUAUAGGCUGUAAGUGUUUUUGUAUCAUAUCAUAGUUGGAUGAGUGUUUUGUACAUAUCUUAGAUGAUUAAGUAGUACCCCACCCCACAGGCAAAUGUCCAAUAAUAUUUAUUUCAGCUCUACUUAGAAUGCAUCGUGUCAGCUGCAGUUCCUCACCGAAUAACAGUUUUAAGCUUAGAAAUAUUUCUAACAUGUUGGCCAUUUUGAAAAUCGUUUUAAGGUACACCCAGAGUCAAGGCACACAAAAGCCGCACGAAACUUGCUAUAAAUGAUUAAGUUAAGCUAACAGUAAGUUAUAGAUGCUAAAGAGAGUGUGGAAUGCACACAAUGGAAAGCGCACUUAAAGCUACCUAAAGCCAGUUUCUAUUCAGUUUCUAGUUAUGUUUAGGGAGUCCAACACACUUCAAGACCAGUUUCUAGUUCAGUUUAGGGAGCAGAUGCACUGCAAAUUCACUUUUUAGUUACAUUUAAAGAGCCAAUCUCGUUCAAGUCCACCUUCUAGCUAAGUUUAAAGAGCCAAUACAGUUUCUAACCAGUUGCUAGUUAAGUUUAAAGAGCCCACUACACUACAAGUCCAGUUUCUAGUUAAGUUUAAAUAACAAAUCCACUUUAAUCCACUUUCUAGUUAAGUUUAAAGAGCCGAGAACCCAAAAAUAGUUGAUAGUUGUACCCGAAAAAAACUCUUACCGUUGCUAUAUCUAUGUCUAACCCGUUUAUGCUUGUAAGUUCACUUAAUUGGCAUAGUUUUAUCCGCAUGCCACUCUCUUUCUUUCCUACUAUUUUU